AUGUCCGCACUCAUACGUCGUGCCCUCAGUACUGGCCUCAGCGAUGGCAUCGGCUGCCUCAGCAAGAUUCCGCUGCCCUCGCUCUCGCUCCCACUACUCUUCGCCUCGCCACGGCGCAGGACAGGCAGGUCACUGGAUGCCUUGCCUAUCGACAUACUCGUGAACGAGAUUUUUGAGGAGUUGGAACUUCGAGACGUGUUGACUCUGCGAGCGGUCAACAAAGCCCUCUACAGAGUGACGAUGGAGAGCGUGAUUUGGAAGCGUUUCCUCCGUCGCUACCAUGGCCCGCUCCCGCCUCUGCCGCCCACCUCGCGUCACAACUUCGGCAACAUGAGGGGUAUUGAGGCGGAGCGCAUCCUUGCGCGCGCGAUGUCGUUCGAUAAAAAUUGGUGCGGCCUUGCACCGCAGGCGUGGUACAUCGAAGAAAUACGCGCGUGGUUCCAGAUCUACACCAUCGCCUUCCUCCCGGGCGGCCAUUACGCCGUGGCGUCCGCGUCCAACGCCGCGCGCAAUAAGUGGUACAUUCUGCUCUAUGGCCUGGACUAUGGGUGGAAGGGCUGCUAUCCGCUCACGACGGUCCAAACACCCUCGAAGGCUUUCGAAAUCACGGCCAAGUACAUGUACAUCAACUACCAGCACGGCAUCGUCGUCUCGUAUACGUGGAGACAGUACCGCGACGGCUUGGGAGGGGACGCAUCCAUGCUUUCGGGUAAGUACGAUAUGCCCGAGGACGAGCUCAAUUACGAGAAUGUCACCAUGUUCACGUCCCUGGCGACUCUGGAGCGCCUCGUCGACGUGCAUGCCAAGUUCAUGCCGGGUACUCCGGCAUAUCACGACGUUGUGGACGCCCUCCCUCCGCCAUUCAAGAAGCUCGCCAUUACCCGCUCCACUUCGGCGCUGCAUUCUCCAUCACUUGAUCACCUUGACGGACAACCACAUGUAACCCUCAUCCGUCGACCAAAUUUUAUUUUGAUCAAGAACCUAGCGGUGCUGGAUGCUCCAGCAUAUGAGAUUGAAUGUCUUCCCGACCUACACAAUUAUAACUACUUUGUUCAAACGAUCCUUGCGUUUAAGCACAUCCCAUUCGAGAGGACGUUGUUCGUGGUAAAGCGCCUGACCCGCCGUAUCAUGAAUAACAAGGUGGUCCGCAAGUACUCGUUCGAGACGUACAGAAUGGAGUAUACUCAGAGUCGGCGAGCCCUUGCUGAAUGGGAUGAGACCAAGGUGUUAGACGGCGACGUCGGCAGUGUCCACAUAUCGGAGCUGCAUUAUCCUUACUACGACGACAAUUCUGGCCAACUGGAUGUAAAAGAUGACAAGUUCCUUGUUCCUCCGACGGUAUACGUUUAUGUCAAAUGCAACAAUCCCGAGGAGAUGCGUGUAUACGAGGUCCGGCCGGAGCUCGUCAAUCCCGACGACGACCCGCGAUUUAUGGAUCCACUACUCAGUCAUGCUUCCAAUAUGAAGGACAAGCGUCUCAUGCUAUAUCCAGAUCAUCGGUACGUAUUCCCCGCCGAAGAAGUGCACAAGUUCGACUAUGGCGGGAUAUUCGGGUCUCCUGUCAUUCUUCCGGGAAACGGGCGUGCCUUGGUAAUGACUGUCGAACCGGGCGACCGCUCGGAUGCCCCGCCUCUUAAAGAUCUUUGGAGCUACAUCAAGCCGGAUGAGAAUAUAGAUAUCGUGGAGAAUACGCACUUCUGGCACCGCUUUUCACCUAUUCAAGCAAAGGGAGACCGAGGUGAGAAGUGGGUAACGAGUCUAGUAAUACCGGGACAUCACUUGGAGUGGUUCAGGAAGCAGGGUGUUCAAACUAUAGCCUGGGACGAGACUAUUGGUAGGGUCGCCAUCUGCGCGAAGGAUGACCCUCGCAUCUUCAUCUUUGACUUUGCUGAGACUCCGCGGACCGACCCUAUGGGCGAAAGGGUCUGA